UGCAAAUAUCUGCCAUAGAAAGAUGGGUAGAAGUCCUUCUAAAGCGAGCUCAAAAGAAUUCAUGACGAUGGGGCGUAAAGGAGUGCCUUGGACUGCAGAGGAAGACCAAAUUCUGAUGAACUACAUCAAAUUUCAUAAGGAAGGAAGCUGGACAAAAGUUGCCGAAAAUACAGGACUUGAGAGAAGUGGUAAGAGUUGCAGGCUUAGGUGGAGGAACUAUUUGAGGCCUGAUAUCAAGAGGGGAAACAUAUCCCAUGAGGAAGAGGAUCUUAUCAUCAGGCUUCACAAACUUAUAGGCAACAGAUGGUCUUUAAUAGCUGGAAGGUUACCGGGAAGAACAGAUAAUGAGAUAAAGAAUUACUGGAACACAAUCUUGAAGAAGAAAAAGAAGAAAGUGGUGCAACCACUAGAUACUAAUAACCAAUUAGAUGAUUUCAUUCAGAAAAGCGAUUCCUCUAGGGCCAGUACUACUACUGAUUCGACUACUCAAUAUCAUGUCGACCAUAGGAUAGACAUUAAUAAUCAACGACUAACAAGCAGAGACAGCUUGUUACUUAAUAGUAAUUUAGUGGGGUGUGAUAAUAUCAUAAUUGGAGGCCUCAAUUUCACGCCAACCACGACCGAAAAUGAUCAUGAUCAUCAUAAUAUUGGUCAUGAUCAUGACGAUGACAUAGCUUCAUCGGACUCUUUGGGAGAAUUUUGCAGUCUUUCUGACAUGAUUAACAAUUUUGAUUUCUCAAACGACUUUUUGGUAGACUAGACUAGACUCGUACUAGUUUGGCGGCCAACCUAUUAAAUGUGUACUUGUUACGACUCCUAGCUUAUUUGAUCUUUUGUAAUGGCCAAUGUAGAAAUUUAAUAGAGGUGUAUGCAGUACUUGAUUUUGAUGACUUGAAGA